AUGGCCUCAAACAAUCUUACAGUGCUCAAUGCACUUGACACUGCACGAACCCAAUGGUACCAUGUCACAGCCGUUAUCAUUGCUGGAAUGGGUUUUUUCACAGAUGCCUACGAUCUCUUCUGUAUCACCACUGUCUCCAAACUCUUAGGCCGUCUCUACUACUACGAUCCUGCUAAGCACGCCCCUGGAAAACUGCCUCAUCCUGUUAAUAAUUGGGUAGUUGGAGUCGCUUUGGUUGGUACUUUAACUGGACAGCUCGUGUUUGGUUGGCUCGGAGACAAACUUGGCCGAAAGAAAGUGUAUGGACUCACUUUAAUCCUCAUGGUCAUUUGUGCACUUUGCUCUGGUUUGUCCUUCGGGUAUAGCAAAAAAGUUGUUAUGGGGACACUCUGUUUCUUCAGAUUCUGGCUUGGAUUUGGCAUUGGAGGAGAUUAUCCUCUUUCUGCCACAAUCAUGUCCGAAUAUGCAAAUAAGAGAACUCGUGGGGCGUUUAUUGCUGCAGUUUUUGCCAUGCAAGGCGUUGGGAUCGUAUUUGCCGGGCUUGUUUCAAUGACUGUUUCGAAAAUCUUUCUUAUGAAUUACGCGGGUAAGGCAUUUAAUGUGGAUGAAGUUUUCUCCACGGAACCUGAGGCAGAUUAUGUUUGGCGAAUCGUAUUGAUGCUUGGAGCUCUUCCAGCUCUUCUCACCUAUUAUUGGCGAAUGAAGAUGCCUGAAACAGGGCGUUACACUGCUAUUAUUGAGGGAAAUGCUAAACAAGCAGCGCUUGACAUGGGAAAGGUUCUUGACAUUGAAAUUCAAGCAGAAGGUGAAAAAUUGGCCAAAUUUAAAGCAGCCAAUGAGUACCCUUUACUCUCCAAUGAGUUCUUCAUGCGCCACGGACUUCACUUAAUAGGUACAAUGAGUACUUGGUUCUUGUUGGACAUAGCUUUCUACAGCCAAAAUCUCACACAGAAGGACAUAUUCCCAACCAUGGGACUAGUUAGUGACGCCAAGAGCAUUUCAGCUUUGAGGGAGAUGUUUGAGACAUCACGUGCAAUGUUUGUGAUUGCGUUGCUCGGUACCUUCCCUGGUUACUGGUUCACAGUAUUCUUCAUUGAGAAAAUCGGCAGGUUUAAGAUACAACUGAUGGGGUUCUUCAUGAUGUCAGUUUUCAUGGCAAUCAUUGGAGUCAAAUAUGAUUACCUAAAGACUAAAGAUCACAAAUGGACAUUCGCAGCUCUUUAUGGUUUAACUUUCUUCUUUGCCAACUUUGGACCCAAUUCGACAACAUUUGUGCUCCCCGCGGAGCUCUUUCCGACAAGAGUGAGAUCCACUUGCCAUGCCCUGAGCGCGGCAUCUGGAAAGGCAGGGGCAAUGGUUAGUGCAUUUGGGGUGCAGCAGUACACGCAAGACGGAAAUAUUCAUAAAAUUAAGAAAGCCAUGAUAUUUUUGGCCUUCACAAAUAUGAUUGGAUUUUGCUGCACCUUUUUAGUGACUGAGACAAAAGGAAGGUCACUGGAGGAAAUUUCAGGGGAGGAUGAACAGAAGAAUGAGACGCAGAUGAAGAGUACUAGGCCUGUCUCUGGACACCAGGACGAUGGAUGGGAUUGA